UUGCACCGAUUGCAAUGAAUUUUAUGCCUGAAUGUAGGUCGCUGACAGCCGAGAGCACGAGUUUCCUGCGCAUCCAGUGCUGUUUUAUUUCCUGUUGAUAUUUUUAAUUUUUCUUCCCCUCCUCCUCCUCCCUCCCUUCCCCAAUUCAUGGUCACUGCAUUCCUUUGGAGAAGCAAAUCGCGUUGGAUUCCAAAAAGGAGAGCAGGAUCCUUGUGUGAUAACACCGGCUGCAUGACAUCCUGAGAGGAUUUCCUGAAGGAAUCUGGCUGUGUGAAAAAGCCCCUCCGCUUCUGCGUCUCUUCCAGCAUUAAGGCAACAUUUGUGCUGUAACUAAAAUGAUGGCAUGCUGCCUCCUUUGGGGGGAUUCUGAAGGUUUCUCAAAGAUGCAACACAGUGGCUGAGUGGACUGGACUUCACUGGAGGGAGUCAUUUUGCUGGGGAAGUGGAGUAACUGUGGUUCUUUUCUCACUCUAUUGGCUGGAACGUGCUGUGCAUUGUCAGGAUUAAGACGACACUCAAGACUGGGAUGGGCCUUGGGGACAAACACUCCCUGAUUUCUUCUGACUCUGGAAUUUGUCUAUAGCCAAUCAACUAAGUCACACAUCAGAUUUGGUUUUUCGCUGCCUGAGAAAGGUUAUGCUAUUUUUGAAUAGUUUUUUAUUUUAUUAAUAAUUUUCAUUUUAUUUGACUCAUUUUUCUACUGCUCGUGGGAAAAAUAAGAGUCCUGCUGAUGUUGAUUUAAAUAAUGUCGAAACCAAUGGGACUCCUAUGGCUGCCUUUGAUCUUCACUCCAGUGUGUGUCAUGCUGAAUUCCAACUUCCUCCUAUGGAUAACUGCACUGGCUAUAAGAUUUACUCUUAUUGAUGGCCAAGCACAAUACCCAGUGGUUACCACAAAUUAUGGCAAAAUACGUGGUUUAAGAACACCUUUGCCCAAUGAAAUCCUUGGUCCAGUGGAACAGUAUCUGGGUGUUCCUUAUGCCUCUCCUCCAACUGGGGAAAGGCGAUUUCAGCCCCCAGAGCCACCAUCGUCUUGGACAGGUGUCCGUAACGCCACACAAUUUGCUGCUGUCUGCCCACAGUACCUGGAUGAGAGGUCAUUGCUCAACGACAUGCUGCCAGUCUGGUUUACAGCCAAUCUGGAUACUGUGGUGACAUAUGUUCAAGAUCAAAAUGAAGACUGCCUGUACUUGAAUAUCUAUGUGCCCACAGAAGAUGGAGCCAACACAAAGAAAAGCGCAGAUGAUAUAACCAGUAAUGAUCGUGGUGAAGAUGAAGACAUUCAUGAUCAGAACAGCAAGAAACCAGUUAUGGUCUACAUCCAUGGCGGAUCUUACAUGGAGGGUACUGGCAACAUGAUUGAUGGGAGCAUUCUUGCAAGUUAUGGAAAUGUCAUUGUUGUCACCCUCAAUUACAGGCUGGGCGUUUUAGGUUUUUUAAGUACUGGGGACCAAGCUGCAAAAGGCAAUUAUGGAUUGCUUGACCAAAUCCAAGCUUUGCGUUGGAUUGAAGAAAAUAUUGGAUCUUUUGGAGGAGACCCAAAAAGAGUUACUAUUUUUGGAUCUGGGGCAGGAGCUUCCUGUGUCAGUCUUCUGACACUCUCUCACUAUUCAGAAGGUUUGUUCCAAAAGGCAAUCAUACAGAGUGGAACAGCCCUGUCCAGCUGGGCAGUGAACUAUCAGCCUGCCAAGUACACUCGGAUAUUGGCAGAUAAAGUCGGCUGCGACAUGCUGGAUACCACUGAUUUGGUUGAAUGCCUUCGGAAUAAGAACUACAAAGAACUCAUUCAGCAGACCAUCACUCCAGCCACGUACCACAUUGCCUUUGGCCCUGUGAUAGAUGGAGAUGUGAUUCCAGAUGACCCUCAGAUUCUCAUGGAGCAAGGCGAAUUCCUUAACUAUGAUAUAAUGCUGGGUGUGAAUCAAGGGGAAGGUUUAAAAUUUGUGGAUGGCAUUGUAGACAAUGAAGAUGGUGUUUCUCCCAAUGAUUUUGACUUUUCUGUCUCCAAUUUUGUGGACAAUCUAUAUGGUUAUCCAGAAGGAAAAGAUACACUCCGAGAGACCAUUAAAUUCAUGUAUACAGACUGGGCAGACAAGGAAAACCCUGAAACAAGACGAAAGACCCUGGUAGCACUUUUUACUGACCACCAGUGGGUUGCUCCUGCUGUUGCCACUGCUGAUCUGCAUGCCCAGUAUGGAUCUCCAACGUAUUUCUAUGCAUUUUAUCACCACUGCCAAAGUGAAAUGAAACCAAGCUGGGCUGAUUCAGCUCAUGGUGAUGAAGUCCCGUAUGUGUUUGGCAUUCCUAUGAUUGGCCCAACAGAAUUGUUCAACUGUAACUUUUCCAAGAAUGAUGUCAUGCUCAGUGCAGUUGUUAUGACAUACUGGACAAACUUCGCCAAAACUGGAGAUCCAAACCAGCCAGUUCCACAAGACACAAAGUUCAUCCACACAAAACCAAACCGCUUUGAAGAAGUAGCCUGGUCCAAAUACAAUCCUAAAGAUCAGCUUUAUCUGCAUAUUGGCCUGAAACCACGAGUUCGUGAUCACUACCGAGCAACAAAAGUUGCUUUCUGGUUGGAGCUUGUGCCACACCUUCACAACCUGAAUGAAAUUUUUCAAUAUGUUUCCACAACAACUAAAGUACCCCCUCCUGACAUGACAUCAUUUCCUUAUGUUACCCGACGCUCUCCUGGUAAAUUGUGGCCAGCCACCAAACGCCCAGCAAUGACACCUGCCAACAAUCCCAAACAUUCAAAAGACACUCAUAAAACAGCUCCCGAGGAUACAACAGUUCUGAUAGAAAACAAGAGAGAUUACUCUACUGAGCUGAGCGUCACCAUUGCUGUGGGAGCAUCCUUGCUGUUCCUCAAUAUUUUAGCAUUUGCUGCAUUAUAUUACAAGAAAGACAAGCGGCGUCACGAGACUCACAGGCGCCCUAGCCCCCAGAGGAACACAACCAAUGAUAUCGCACACAUACAAAAUGAAGAGAUCAUGUCAUUGCAGAUGAAACAGCUGGAACAUGACCAUGAGUGUGAAUCACUGCAGGCCCAUGACACGCUGAGACUAACCUGUCCACCUGACUACACGCUUACUUUGAGAAGGUCUCCAGACGACAUUCCACUCAUGACUCCCAACACCAUAACCAUGAUCCCAAAUACAUUAACAGGAAUGCAGCCUUUGCAUACUUUCAACACCUUCAGUGGAGGACAAAACAGUACGAAUUUGCCCCAUGGACAUUCAACUACUAGGGUAUAGCUCAGCCCUUCCCCCUCACAAGCCACCUGGAAGAAAGAGAAAAAAAAAGAAAAAAAAAAAGAAGAGGAAAAAGUUAUAAUACCAUUCAUUGAACACCUUGUCCAAAUCUUAAGUAAAAACAAGUAAAAGAGAAGGACAGACAUUAUUUUCUUACUGUUCCUUCCCAAAGAAACUCUCUGAUGUUAAAGAUCAACUAUAAACCCUGUGAAAUGUGAAAAGUGUACAUUGCUGUUACAAUACUGCUUUAAGAUCUCAACCCCUUUAAUUGAAAGUUGAGGCCAGAAGAAGUCACUUAAAAUGAUGUUUUGAGCAUAUCAAGCAAAGCAGACUCUUCUGGAACACAGAGCCACUGACUGUACAAAUGUUUUGGUUUUGGUUUUUUGUUUUUGGUUUUGUCUUUGGUUUUGGUUUUUUUGUUUGGUUUCUUUUUAAUAAAUAAAAAAAUCUUUAUGUGCCAUACGAUGAAUGGCCCUUGUUGAAACAAAGACAUCAUCAUGGGCUUUUACCCAGCAUAUGAAGCUGUAAUCCAGAUGGGGGAAAUAGAAUUUUAUUAUUAAUAACAAAAAUGGAAAAAA